AUGCGGUUCCUACAAAUGAUCCUUAGCGCUCUGUCGCUCCUGGUUUCCGUCAAUGCCUCCUCUCCCGUGACUGAUAUUCUCUACUGGCCCGUGGGGUCUGCGCAGCCCUCCAUCCUCGCGCGUGUCACCUACGACUCGGCCUCGAUGAAAUCCGACGUGCUCUCGUAUACUCCUCCAAAGAACCAAGACGAUGGUCUAGUACGCGUCGGUCUCUACACUUCAGCGCCUACAAACAACAAGCAAUGGGUUGGCAGUCUUGUGUCGGCGUCCUCUUUAACCGGCAAUGGGCAACCAACAAUUCGCCUGCACCUUGGUCCCGCCAACGAGGUCUACCAUGUCUCCCUAGGUGCUCCAUCUGCUAUCCAGGGCUCAUCCAAUAGUGCUCAGGUUGAUCUUGUAGCGAAUGAGCUUGGAGCGCAACCGCACUUGAACCGGCCAGUGGUUGUUAACCCUGAUGGCGGAAACGCCGAGGAGCCUGAGGAGAAAUCUCUUUUGCAAAGGUACUGGUGGCUUCUGCCCAUCCUCUUCUUCCUCACCAUGUCUGGUGGCGGCGAAGGACAGUCAUGA